AUGGAAGAGAAGGCUGAAGCACAUGACUCGGUGAUAAAAGGCAUUGAGAUUCAAUUGGGGAAGAUAUCUAUGGCUCUAAAUAAUCAUCCUCACUGGGACGUUACUUGCGGACACACAUGUCAAUCUGAAAGAGCAGGGCCCAAAGUAGUUGAUGGCGGUGAGUUUGAGAAACGUAUUGUCAUGACAAGAUCUAUAACGGAGAAGUUAUGCAACCCAGGGAGUUUCAUAAUUCCGUGCACCAUAAGCAACUAUGCUUUUGCCAAAGCAUUGUGUGAUUUGGGGGCGAGCAUAAACCCGAUGCCAAUGUCUAUCUAUAAAAGGUUAGGCAUUGGAAGGGCAAGACCCACAUCCAUAUUACUACAGCUAGCCGACCGAACGGUGAAGAGGCCAUCAGGUAUACUUGAUGAUGUACUUGUGCAGGUUGAAAAGUUUGUGUUUCCGGUAGAUGUUGUCAUUCUGGGCUGUCAGGUUGAUGAAGAGAUUCCCAUAAUUUUGGGAAGGACAUUCUUGGCCACAGGAAGAGCUCUGAUUGAUUGUGAAAUUAGGGAGCUAAAGAUGAGACUGAACAAUGAAGAAAUAACGCUCAAUGUGCAGAAGUCUAUACGGUGA